AGAACAGCCCGGAUGUGAGCUGAGUGGCAGGCGGCUGAGCAGCCAGGAGGAAGAAGUGGACCAGAGGCUGGAGGAGGGCAAGACGGUGGAAGAGGGAGGGGCCCAUGGAGGGAGAGCAAGGCCCUCUCGGGAUCCUUACCGCCAUAAUGGAUGAUUUAAACCUGCACUACAGAUUUCUCAACUGGAGGAGGAGGAUCCGGGAAAUCAGAGAAGUGCGAGCUGUCCGGUACCAAGAGCGAUUUAAACAUAUCCUUGUGGAUGGAGACACAUUAAGUUACCAAGGAAACUCCGGCGAAGUUGGCUGUUAUGUUGCACCUCGUCCAUUGACCAAAGACAACAAUUAUUUUGAGGUAUCCAUUGUGGACAGCGGUGUCCGAGGGACCAUUGCGGUGGGCUUGGUGCCGCAGUACUAUAGCCUGGACCAUCAGCCCGGAUGGCUACCGGAUUCUGUUGCCUACCAUGCCGAUGAUGGCAAGCUUUACAAUGGCCGAGCCAAGGGCCGUCAGUUUGGGACGAAAUGCAGCUCUGGAGACCGAAUUGGCUGUGGAAUUGAACCUGUGUCUUUCGAAGUCCAGACAGCCCAGAUAUUCUUCACCAAAAAUGGCAAGAGGGUGGGAUCAACCAUAAUGCCACUCUCUCCAGAGGGACUCUUCCCAGCCGUGGGGAUGCACUCACUGGGGGAAGAGGUCCGGCUCCACCUCCAUGCAGAACUGGGCAACGAGGAGGAAGAUGACAGCAUCAUGAUGGUGGACAGCUACGAGGAUGAAUGGGGCCGGCUGCACGACGUGAAAGUCUGUGGCACAGUGAGUGAGCAUCUCUUGGAGAGGUGGAGAGGAUUGAUGCUUUGA